AUUUGGCACACAAGCCCUAGAGCUUAAAGUGAACUGUGCUAGACUUAAACAACGUUAGGAAAAUGUUCGCUAAGGUGAUCAUUGCUUGCGCUUUACUAAGCGUAGCCUGCGCAGGAGUGAUCGCUCCGCAUGGCGCCCUCUCCGCUCAGAGCAUCGUGUUGGGAGCUCCGGGCAUCGGCCACGCGGUAGCCGCCCCGGCCCUCGCAGCACCCGUUUUGGGAGGCUAUGGAGCCCUGGGAGGCUUGGGACUAGGUCACGGCGGGUUGGUUGCGCACGCGGCGCCGGUGCUGCGCGCGCCUAUCGCGCACGUUGGUGUCGCGCACGCCGCUGCCCCUGUUGAGAUUUAUGCCCACCCCCGCUACCAGUUCAACUAUGGAGUGGCUGACGGUCACACCGGCGACCAGAAGAGCCAGUGGGAGGCCCGCGACGGUGACGUCGUGAAGGGACAGUACUCGCUGGUCGAGCCCGAUGGCACCGUCCGUACCGUCAACUACUCUGCCGACGAUCAUAAUGGUUUCAACGCGGUUGUGAGCCGGGCAGGACACGCGGCUCAUCCCGGCGUCGCUCCCGUGGUUGCCGCCCCCGCCUACGGACACGGCCACCUCCUCGGAUAGACCACCACCAACCAACCACGACGAUCUAUUUAUUACCUAAUUCUAGCCUAAGACGGACGGAAAGACAACGAGGUCGAGGCAAAGUCUAAGCUGGAAGGCACAACGUUUCAAAGGCUGCCGUUAGACGGUCAAUCUAGAGCUAUCAAUCAGGUCCAAUGGCAGCGCAAGGAUCAUGAUCAGGACUGACUGUGUAAAGGCCGCCAUAAAGUGUACCGGGACUCACGGCCCAAAUUAGUUAGUUACCCUACCUUUUCAAAGAGUAACUGUUGUAUUAUAAUUUUCUUAUAGUUUGUAAGUCUUAUUUCAAUUUUCGAAACUUUUAGUAUUGUAAAUUACGUUUAUUGCGUACGCUUUUAUGAAACGUUUGAUGCCUUAAGGGUGCUGCUAAGGCUUUGGUUUUGUGACUG